UAAUUGAAGAAUUGUUGUAAUGACGACCCCACCCUUCUCUCUCACUCUUCGCCAAUAAUUGAAAUCCACCAUUCUUCUUCUUCUUCUUCUUCUUCUUCCUCUGCUCUCACUUUCAAUCCCCAUUGCUAAUCUACUUCAAAUUUCUCUCAAUUUCUCCACUAUUCAUCUUCGAUUUCUCCUUUUUCCUCCAUCGCCAUGCUCUUCCUCUUGUUCUUUUUCCUCUACUUCACCCCUUCAAUGGCGGCGGAGCCUCGUGUAGUCGUCACCUCUGAUUUGAAGUCCAUUUACGAUGUUCUUUCAGCUCACGGUCUACCCAAGGGUCUACUUCCCAAAGGUAUUAGGGAUUACGAAUUCCAUGAGGAGAGUGGGCGGUUCGUGGUGUUCUUGGAUCGGGAGUGUAAUGCGAUGUUCGAGAAUCAGCUGCAUUACGAGACCAAUGUUACGGGCACUUUGAGUUAUGGUCAGAUCGGUGCCUUGUCGGGGAUUUCGGCUCAGGAUCUCUUCUUGUGGUUUCCUGUUAAGGGCAUUCGCGUCGACAUUCCGAGCUCCGGUGUUAUUUAUUUUGACGUUGGUGUUGUUUUCAAGCAAUUCUCUCAGUCCCUCUUCGAAACCCCUCCCGAAUGCGUUUCGGCUUCCAAGAAUCAACACAGGAAAAUUGGGAACCAAUUUGUUGAGUCAGGUUCAGUGAAAGUGGCUUGAAAUUGCCACUGAAACAAAAGGGAAAAAGGCUCAAAGGAGGGAGGAAUCCUGCUAUUCAUUGUAUAUGUCAUCAAAGCAUAUAUAUUAUGGUUCUUUACACAUAUCAUUCAGAGCAGAGUCAGAGUCUGAGAAUUUCUGGUUUGUGUGAUGAAUUGGAAAGGAAGGAAGAAGGGGAAGAAGAAGCACAUUUGGUUCGUAGAAAUUUUUGUUUGGGGGGAGAUUGCAGCCAGGUAGGUGGAGUUCAGGUGAAAAAUCUACACAUUUCUAUUCAAUAAUCUUCAGAAAUUUUGGUGUAUUGUUGUGAAUAUUAUCAUUAUUGUUAUUAUUAGUGGCUGUAAUGAUUUUGUUUCUUUUUUUGUCUGAAAUGCAAGUUCUCUGCAAUAAACAUGUCAAGAAUAGAGUGUUUUCUUGGUUUUA